AUGGCGGCCGAGAAGACAAAAGCCGCGGGUGUGAACGAGAUCACCACCGAAGCUGCCUUCCGAGAAGCUAUCGCGGGCCAUGCCGUGGUUUUGGUGUACUUCAGCUAUGGCCCAAGAACAGCGGAGUUGCCGUUCUCACUCGGUGAUGAGUUUGACCCGCAAUUUCAAGAAUUCGGCGAGUCAGAGGAAGUGAUUCCCCAGUUAUGCAGAGUAACCCAUGCCGAUGCGACACGGGAAGUGUUCGAAAGCGCGGGAAUUAGCAGCACGGAUGGUGGCAGCUUAACUCUCUACAAAGAUGGCACCCAGCUUGCGAAUGUCUCACUGAAGACUUUGCAUGAAAGUGAGGAGCUUGAAGAAGAAAUUGCUCGGUGGCUUUCCGGAUCCUAUCCGACGGAGCCUCAAACUCCGGAAGCCGCCGAUGCCGUCCCUCCUCAACCGCGGAUACUUUUGAAGAAGCACAAAGGCAAGACUCGGCUAAGCUCUGGUCAACUGGAUACCUUGCUCGACUCCUUCGUGGAAGAAACGUCAACAGCUGGCGAUAUUGAAGCGAGCGAGUUCGUAGAGUGGGCAUGGAGCUGCCUGUCAGAACUGGUACAGCCAGCCUCCGUCCCGACAGAAACUCAUUCGUGUUUGCCCUAG